AUUUUUGACUUUUAUGAUAGGUAAAUGAGGAUGAAAACAAAGCGGGCUAAAAAUAUCUUUGACGUCAUUUUGUAGGGCUCGAUGAGUACUACAAAUGAGAGUAAAAUGAAAAAACUCGACUGAAGACUUUCUGGGCUAGAAGGACCGAAAGUUGGGUAUUUUCAAAAUGGGGUCUUCACAGAUGGACGCCAUACUCAAAGAGGUAGAUAGGUAUUGAGUUCAUUCUUUUUCCAUUAGAUUAGGCAGCUCUUCAGCUUCGUUUUCAUCUAUAAUAAAAGAACUCUUCAUUUUGUUUUGCGUUCAGAAGAGAUAAAAUACUGAAUGCCGUUUUCUCAUUGUGCAGCUACUUCAUGACAGUUGCCAUGUCCCUGUGAUCGUCGUAAGACAGGUUUUUAAUAACAGUACUUGUACUAUUCGAACUGCUCGUUCGUGUGGUAUCUCCAACGGUGGUGUCAGCUGUUUAGAUGCAGAGAAACCCACGAUCAAAGUGGCGCUAUUAUAGGAAAGAUUGAAACUUAGCACCCCUAAAUCGCAUGUAGAAUAUGACUUUUGCACGGGAGAGUUGGGGGCUUUUAUGUAAUUUUCUAUGUCCUACACUAAAAGAGUAUCGACAUUUUUGAGGCUUUUAUGUCAUAUAAUGGUGGGCGGAUCUGAAUGGAAAUACCCACCAAUCCUCGCAUCUUUUUUUCUGUGUCAGUUUUAAAAAUUUCAACAUUAAUGGUACCUAUUUGUCGUAAAAUGUCUUUUUAACAAACAACACUGAUAAUUUUUAACGUAUAAAUCCAUUUUGCUCUUGGUUGACUUGCCAACAUUCGCGUGUUAUAUUAGCUCGUUUGUUUUUCAGAGUCUCUUCUGAUUAUGAGUUUAAUAUCAAAAAUUCAGUACAGUUUAUUUCAUAAGUUCAAAGCAUCCACAGUUAAAUACAUCACACGUUCUCUAGCUGUACAAACACAAGAAAAACGGAAUACUGAAGCAAAGCAUUCUAACGGAGCACAUGUUGCUUCAAAUUAUAAAAUAAUCGAUCAUACGUAUGAUGCUGUUGUCGUGGGAGCUGGUGGAUCUGGAUUACGAGCAGCAUACGGAUUAUCAACAGCCGGUUUCAAAACAGCCGUAAUUAGUAAACUGUUUCCAACACGAAGUCAUACAGUUGCGGCACAAGGUGGUAUAAACGCAGCGCUCGGAAAUAUGGAACCAGAUGAUUGGCAUUGGCACAUGUAUGAUACAGUUAAAGGUUCAGAUUGGUUAGGAGAUCAAGAUGCAAUUCAUUACAUGGCAGAAGAAGCACCGAGAGCUAUUGUCGAAUUAGAAAAUAUCGGUAUGCCAUUUAGUCGUACUAAAGACGGUAAAAUUUUACAACGUUCAUUUGGUGGACAAUCGUAUAAUUAUGGUCGAGGUGGACAAGCCAGACGGACUUGUUGUGUUGCCGAUAGAACGGGACAUGCAAUGUUACACACACUUUAUGGUCAAUCGUUAAAAUAUUCUACAGAUUAUUUCAUUGAAUAUUUUGCCCUUGACUUAAUUAUGAACAAAGAUGAAUGUGUGGGUGUUGUUGCAAUGAAUCUUGAAGACGGCACAAUACAUCGAUUUCAUGCCAAUAAUACCGUGUUAGCUACUGGAGGCUAUGGUCGUGCUUAUUUUUCAUGUACGUCGGCUCAUACGUGUACCGGUGAUGGAAAUGCUUUAGUAACAAGAGCAGGGUUAACAAAUCAAGAUAUGGAAUUUGUACAGUUUCAUCCAACUGGUAUAUAUGGCGCUGGUUGUCUAAUAACAGAAGGUAGUCGUGGUGAAGGUGGAAUUUUGAUAAAUAAAAAUGGAGAAAGAUUUAUGGAACGUUAUGCACCUGUGGCUAAAGAUUUAGCAUCGAGAGAUGUUGUAUCACGGUCAAUGACCGUUGAAAUUAGAGAAGGAAGAGGUGUUGGACCAGAGGGUGAUCACAUCUAUUUACAACUGAGUCAUUUAGAUCCAAAAUUGUUACAUGACCGUUUGCCAGGGAUUAGUGAAACGGCACGCGUUUUUGCCGGUGUCGAUGUUACCAAAGAGCCAAUACCCGUUUUACCCACUGUUCACUAUAAUAUGGGUGGAGCACCAACAAAUUAUAAAGGACAAGUACUACAAACAGAUAAAGAUGGAAAAGAUCGUAUUGUUAAAGGAUUGUAUGCUUGUGGAGAAUGUGCAUCAGCUAGUGUCCAUGGAGCAAAUCGAUUAGGAGCAAAUUCAUUACUGGAUUUAGUCGUAUUCGGACGAGCAUGUGCGUUGACCAUAGCCGAUGAACAUAAACCAGGAGAAAAGUUUUCAGAGUUACCACAGAAUGCUGGUGAAUCAUCGUUAGCUAAUUUAGAUAAAGUAAGAGGUGCUGCAAAUGGAACAAUAACAACAGCACAAUUAAGAAUAAAAAUGCAAAAAACUAUGCAAAACCAUGCUGCUGUGUUUCGUGAUGGUACAACAUUAAAAGAAGGAUGCAACAUAAUGGAUGAUAUAUUUCAAGAACAGAAAGAUCUGAAAAUUCAUGAUCGUGGUCUUAUUUGGAACACCGAUUUAGUUGAAACAUUAGAAUUGCAAAAUUUAUUAUUAUUAGCAGUACAAACCAUCCACUCAGCUGAAGCAAGAAAAGAAAGUAGAGGAGCACAUGCAAGAGAAGAUUAUCCACAUCGAAUUGAUGAAUAUGAUUACACUGAUUUGGAAAAAAAUCCUAUUGCUAACCAAAAGAAAAAACCAAUUGAGCAACAUUGGAGAAAACAUACGCUAUGUUACACCGAUCCACAAACCGGAAAAACCACACUGACGUAUCGUCCAGUUACUGAUAAAACGUUAGACGAAUCAAAAUGUGCGAGUGUACCGCCGAAGCCAAGAGUUUACUAA